GCGAUCCGGGCCGGGAGCUGCGGGCGCCCGCGCGCCCGAGGCUUCCCGGUACGCUCCGCCAGAUUUUAGUCCUGUGUGACUGAAUUGACUCAGUUAUAGUUGUUCUUGUCCUAACGUAUUUGUCACCAGUAAAAGUUCCAAGGUACAGCUUUCUGGCUUCAUUUCAUUUUUAACUGAAUAAUUGCCUUAAGGAUAUUUUUAGAUCUCAACAAAAACUCCCCAGCUCUUGAACCUUAGAAUCCUUCUGCUUCACUCUUGGCAAAUCUUUGGGUUGGAUUUCAGAACUGAAUAAAGCCAGGAUUUCCCCCCAACCUCCAAGAUGUCUGGACUCUUUGUUUAGUUCUAUAUUUAAGUUUAUCCCAAGUUUUGUUUUUGACUGAUGAACCUGUGACCCAAAUCCAAACCUCAGCUGAAUUUAGUAUCAGCUUAAAACCACAUUAAACUGCCACGUGUCAUGUGACCUCUAGCAGAAACCAACGUGGCAGUGUUCUGUUUUUUCAUGACUGCGUUUCAUUGGGGUUUUUGAACUGUGAAGACAUUAUUUAAUACAUGUGCUUUAUUUUCUGUGUAUUAUUGCCCAAGGUCAGUCAUCGCUAGAGGGUUAUUAUUGACAUUUACACAUCAUAAAAUGUGAUGUCAGCCUACCAGCUUGGAGUGCAGUUCUUGGUUUCCAGUUUACAACAUUCACCAGUCGCUAACAUGUUAUCUCUGAGGAACUUGGAAUGAUAAAUACAGCCAUACUUAAAUAGAAGAUUCUUGGCUGUGUAGAUAAGGAAAAUAAGAUAAGGCAAUAUUUUUGAACUAUUCUAUAAUAGAAAUGAGGACAUAUACACAAAAUGACCCAAUGCUGUUUUCUUAGGGUGCAUCCUUUGUUUUUCUGGUUUUGGUCUUUUCAUCACAGGAUGGCAUUAGUUCUGUGUCUGCAGGUGCUGUGCAGCCUGUGUGGCUGGCUCUCGCUCUAUAUUUCUUUCUGCCACCUGAAUAAGCACCGAAGCUAUGAGUGGAGCUGCCGGCUGGUCACCUUCACCCAUGGAGUUCUCUCUAUAGGCCUCUCCGCUUAUAUUGGCUUCAUUGAUGGCCCAUGGCCUUUUACCCACCCAGGCUCACCCAAUACACCUCUCCAAGUUCAUGUCCUGUGUCUCACCUUGGGCUACUUCAUCUUCGACUUGGGCUGGUGCAUCUACUUUCAGUCUGAGGGUGCCUUGAUGCUGGCUCAUCACACGUUGAGUAUCUUGGGCAUUAUCAUGGCCCUUGUGCUUGGGGAGUCUGGCACGGAGGUCAAUGCAGUCCUCUUUGGAAGUGAGCUUACCAACCCCUUGCUACAGAUGCGCUGGUUUCUCCGGGAAACAGGGCACUAUCACAGUUUCACUGGAGAUGUAGUGGACUUCCUCUUUGUGGCUCUGUUCACAGGAGUGAGGAUUGGUGUGGGAGCUCGCCUCCUUUUCUGUGAAAUGGCCUCCCCCACGCCUAAGUGGUUUGUGAAGGCCGGGGGAGUAGCGAUGUAUGCUGUGUCUUGGUGUUUCAUGUUUAGCAUCUGGCGCUUUGCAUGGAGGAAGAGCAUCAAGAAGUACCAUGCCUGGAGAAGCAGGCGGAGUGAGGAACGGCAGCUGAAACACAACGGACAUCUCAAAAUACACUAGCCAAGGCUUGCUCCAGAUUAUGGAUUGGGUUAAGUCAGCCAUGAGAACCAGGUUGGAAAUAUGACUGUUAACAUAAUUACGCUUAUAACAAACUUAGGUUUCAAAAAAGGGCUAAAUGUAUUGAUCAGUUUGGUCAGUCUUCAAGCCGAGCAUAUACCAGUAUUAAAACACUAACUUCUACAGUAGCACAGUUGUAGAAAGUGAGAAUACUCCGUGGUAGUUGGGAAUAAGUCAGAACUGUGAAGUGAGUACAACUGGCAUUUGUUUUCAUUUGUGGUGACCCUGGGUCCUCCUGUCCCUGGGAGGUUUGAUGUUCAGGCAGUUUAGAAAGGAACUCGAAAAAGAUUAGUGCUAUUUCUUGUUCCUUUGAGAAGUAACUCUUUCAAUAAACACUUAUUUCUGCUUUCCAUGUAGCAAUUUAUCUAAGUUUACUCCAUUUACUAUAAAGUGAGGGGCUUUCAGGAAGAGACACGCCUUUGACAUUCUGCACAUUAGAUCAGGGAAUUGGGUCGCUUAAACAGGGGCGUAGGAGGGCGAGAGUGAAACUGUGGCAGUGUGGGGGAGGGCUACUUACUGAACCUCCUAUACCAACUGUGCCAGAGGUGCCCAAGACCACUGCCAGGUUCUGUAAUUCUCUGGGAAGACUCAGUGGACUCAGCAUAUAGUCUUACUCAUAGUUUUGGUUUAUUAUAGUGAAAAGAUACAAAGAAAAAUCAGUAAAAGGAAAAGGCACCUGAGACAAAGUCUAGGGUAAAGCAAGCACAAGUUUCCAGAGUCCUCUCCCAAUGGAAUCACACAGGAUAUGCUUAAUUCCCCUAGCAGUGAUUUGUGACAACAUGUGAAUGAGUUGUCUACUGGACAAGGUCAUUACAGACUCAGUGCCCAAAGUUUUUACUGAGGACAGGUCAUCUAGGCAGCCUUUCCCUGGCAGAUAGCAAAAUUCAAGACUCAAAAGGAAAGCAGGUGUUCAGCAUAAGCCAUAUUGUUUGCACAAGCAGUUCAGACACAGUAAGCCAGCCUUAUCAGUUAAUGGUGGGAGCCCUUCCAAAAUCUAAGUUCCCAAAUGCCGGCCAGUGGCCAACCCUGUCAUCAGGCCUCUCCAAGGAUAGCAGUUUAGGCCUGCUAUGUUAACUCUUUUCUGCACAAAACCUAUAGAGUUAGGGCUUUGGAUUUGAGAUGAAUGAAGUGUGGGUAGAUUUACUGAGUCCUGUUAUAUGGGUUCUGCCCUACCAGGAAAACUAUGCCAGUUCUCAGGGCUUUUGUGCAUUAAUCUCCUAGGCAUUUGAGGCUAUGACUAAAUUCCAUAGGGAUUUAUCAUGUGGAUUCCACUGUGCUUGAGAUGGCAGUUUAGAUUUCAGCUCUGCUGUACAUAUUGCAAACUAGAGCCAAAGACUUUAAAGUGUGUACUGGCCUCAGGGGGAUGAGGUUAAUUUUUUUUUUCAUUUUAGAUACAUUCCCUUUUAGUACUCCUCCUAUUUUUCUUAUUUUUACUAAAAAGGUACCACUCUAUGAACAAACUAAUAAAACAAGGCCAGUCUUGGAAGGAAAAAAAUAAUAAUUCUUAGUGUGACAGUCUCCAAGAGAAGCAAGAAUAUAAGCUUAGAACAAGGGGUUAAGAAUCGAGAAUUCCUGGGUUCUUUUAACUAAUUUUGCUACUCGCCACUUUGGAGAGCUACUCACUCACUUUGGAUAGGUUACUUGUUUCUUCUUUGCCUGAGUUUAAACCUAUUGUGAAUGAAUGAAAUACCCUGUAGUAUAUUUCAUAGAUACAUUAUGCGGCAUUUUAUUAAUGGAGGUCUUUAAUGUAGGGCUUUUAUGGAAACAUGAAGUUUUUAUGUAUUUAUUGAUUAUUUAUUUUUACCAUGUUAUUUAAGUCAAUGGUGUUUGAUUAGCUCAGUGGGUGAGCAAGCGUAUGGUGCUACUGGAGUCAAGGCUGGUCAGUAGGAAGCAUCAGUCCAUUCCAUGGCCACUGGUAAUCUAACGUAAUGAGUGGUGUUUUUUUUGUUGUUGUUGUUGUUGUUGUUUUUUGAGACAGAGUCUUGCUCUGUCGCCCAGGCUGGAGUGCUGUGUUGUGAUCUCAACUCACUGCAACCUCCGCCUUCUGUGUUCAAGUGAUUCUCCUGCCUCAGCCUCCCGAGUAGCUGGGACUACAGGCGUGUGCCACCAUGCCUGGCUACUUUUUGUAUUUUUAGUAGAGACGGGGUUUCACCAUAUUGGCCAGGCUGGUCUCGAACUCCUGACUUCAUGACCCGCCCUUCUUGGCCUCCCAAAGUGCUGGGAUUACAGGUGUGAGCCACUGUGCCCAGCCAUGAGCGGUCUUGAAAAUGGAAAAUGGUCUUGGCCACAGAAACCAGGCAUGAGGGAGUGGUUGGAAUGGUAUAAAGUCAUCACUGUUAAGGAAACAGUAACUUUAAAUGCAUGUUAACAGGGGGUCUUUAAAAAUGAAUGUCAUUUGGUUAAAGAGUUUUGCUGGGCAUUGAGAUAAUCUGACAGCAUCUCCACUUCCUGUUUUUUUGCUUAAUCUCCGCUUUUUUUUUUUCUAUGAUGAGUGCCCCUAAAAUGCUGGUAAGCUUCUUUCCAACAAAAUUGCGGUCAAAGUAGGAUGCUGGGGAAUGCUGAUUUUAGCAAAAGCUCGUAGAAAAGAGUGGCUUGGCACAUGAGCUUAAAAAAAAAAAAGAAAAAAGCUGGCUCUUGAAUUUUGGCACAGUGCAACCUGUUCCAUACCAGACAAAUGAACAGGCUUAAUCGGGUACCAAUUCUUUUUCUCUCUUACUCCUCAGAAGUGAAGGGACUGCAGAUCUUGUUGUUUUGGGGACACUUUCAUGGGACUGUAUGUAGGUUUUUUUGAAUGGUGAGAAAUCUGAAUAAUUGGUAAGGAGAAGGGAAUCCCUCACUUCAGCUUUUCUUGAUGUUGUUACUAACAACUAUGAAAAAACUUCUGAGAGAACAAUGUGAACUGAAGAUGACUCAGCAGUUAAGACAAUGCUAAGUUCUGAAACCACAGGUAAAUGAAGGGCUAAUUAAUGUGUGGUAUACUCGGACAAAAUGAAGUACUCAUUUGCACUGGAUUACUAUGUAAUGAUAACGAACACUGUUCAAGAAGGAUUUAUAUUUCCAUAAGAUUUGUACUAAAUUUUAUAAAAGUAAAACAACUUUUUAUAAA